UAAAUGCCAGUAACAUCACGCGUCUCUCUCCUCAUAUCUCUCUCAGGCAAAAAAAUCUCGCCGCUCCGGCGUUUAAUUUAAAAAUUUUUCCUGCAAUGUCGCCGAUACAUAUCAACUUCUCAACACUCCUGCGCACAGCUGCACUUUGUUUGUUCCAGGUCAUUUUUAUUGUAUCUGUAGUAAAUUCCGAGCGGCCUAAAGCACGAAUUCUUGCGUCUUCCAAUGUCACAGGAGGGCAAAGGCACGCUGUCAAUUAUUGCGCAAUGUAUGAUAUUUGUGGAGCGCGAAGUGAUGAUAAAGUACUUAACUGUCCCUUUGGUUCUCCAGCCGUGCAGCCCAGUGACCUAUUUUCUUCAAAGAUCCAAAGUUUAUGUCCGACAAUUGCGGGAAAUGUCUGCUGCACAGAGAAGCAAUUUGAUACUUUGCGGUCACAAGUUCAACAAGCAGUUCCCUUUCUUGUAGGUUGCCCAGCAUGCCUAAGGAAUUUUUUAAAUCUUUUCUGUGAGCUUACUUGCUCUCCUAAUCAGAGUCUGUUCAUUAACGUGACUUCUAUAUCCAAGGUUAAGAACAAUUCUACUGUGGAUGGGAUAGAUUUUUAUGUAGAUGAUGCUUUUGGCAAAGGGUUGUUCGAAUCCUGCAAGGAUGUGAAGUUUGGUUCCAUGAAUACACUAGCUAUGGACUUUAUUGGUGCUGGUGCUAAAAACUUUAAAGAGUUGUAUGCUUUUCUUGGAAGAAAAGCAAAUCUAAAUGCGCCAGGAUCCCCAUAUGCAAUCAAUUUCCGCUCAGCUGUUGAUGAGUCAUCUGCAAUGGAACUUAUGAAUGUUACUACUUAUACAUGUAGUGACACCUCACUGGGCUGUUCUUGUGGUGAUUGCGAAUCGUCCACUGUCUGCUCCAUGUCAGCUCCAAUAUCAUCCAAGGAAAAGGAGUCUUGUUCAGUGAGAAUUGGCUCCCUUAAGGCAAGAUGUAUUGAAUUUGCUCUAGCAAUCCUCUAUAUCUUAUUGGUUUCUCUGUUUCUAGGAUGGGGUUUAUUCCAUAAAAAAAAGGGAAAGAGCCCAGUUUCUAGAACGAAACCUUUGGUGAAUGUCACUGAUGUUGGUGUACUUCAUCACGUCAACAGGCAAAAAGAUGAAAAUGUUCCAAUGCAGAUGCUUGAGGAUGCCCCCCAAAUCAGAAAUGGUGUCCGACUUUCAAUUGUCCAAGGAUAUAUGUCAAAAUUUUACAGGAGAUAUGGAACAUGGGUUGCUAGAAAUCCAUUAUUUGUCUUGUGUUCAUCAUUGGUCGUCGUUCUAGUUUUAUGUUUAGGCUUAAUCCGUUUUGAAGUCGAGACACGGCCUGAGAAGCUUUGGGUGGGACACCAGAGUAGAGCUUUGCAAGAAAAAGACUUCUUUGAUAGUCACCUAGCACCUUUCUACAGAAUCGAGCAGCUAAUAAUUGCAACAAAACCGGAUCCAGAGCAUGGGAAAUCUCCAAAAAUUGUAACUGAAAAUAACAUCAAGUUACUUUUUGAAAUACAGAAGAAGGUUGAUGCAAUCCAAGCAAAUUAUUCUGGCUUACUAAUAUCCCUAACUGACAUAUGCUUGAAGCCGUUAGGCCAGGAUUGUGCAACUCAAAGUGUGCUGCAGUAUUUCAAAAUGGAUCCAUUAAACUAUGACAACUAUGGGCAGAUUGGGCAUUUAGAAUACUGUUUUCAGCAAUAUUCGUCAGCCGAUAACUGUAGGAGUGCCUUUAAAGCUCCACUUGAUCCGAGCACUGCAUUAGGGGGUUUCUCUGGAAAUAAUUAUACUGAGGCUUCUGCAUUUAUAGUUACCUAUCCUGUAAACAAUGCGGUUGAUAAAAAGGGCAAUGAAACCAAAAAAGCCAUAGCUUGGGAAAAGGCUUUCAUUCAGUUAAUUAAGGAUGAGCUUUUGCCAAUGGUGCAAUCCAAGAACUUGACAAUUUCAUUUUCAUCAGAAAGUUCUAUUGAAGAGGAGUUGAAAAGAGAGAGUACUGCAGAUGCUAUAACUAUUCUGAUAAGCUAUCUUGUGAUGUUUGCUUACAUAUCCUUGACUCUCGGUGAUACUCCAAGUUUUACGUCUUUUUAUGUUUCAUCCAAGGUCUUGCUUGGUUUUUCAGGGGUUAUACUGGUGAUGCUAUCUGUCCUUGGCUCAGUUGGGUUCUUUAGUGCGAUUGGAGUAAAAUCCACACUUAUCAUCAUGGAAGUCAUACCUUUUCUUGUAUUGGCUGUUGGGGUAGAUAACAUGUGUAUACUGGUACAUGCUGUUAAAAGACAGCAGUUGGAGUUACCUUUGGAAGGGCGUAUAAGUAGCGCACUCGUAGAAGUUGGACCAUCCAUAACACUAGCUAGUUUGUCUGAGGUUUUGGCAUUUGCAGUUGGCAGUUUUAUUCCAAUGCCUGCAUGCCGCGUGUUUUCCAUGUUUGCAGCUUUGGCUGUUCUGUUGGACUUCCUUCUGCAGGUUACUGCUUUUGUUGCUUUGAUUGUUUUUGAUUUUUUGAGAGCUGAAGAUAACAGGGUUGAUUGCUUUCCUUGUGUUAAAACUUCUGGUUCAUAUGCUGAUUCUGAUAAAGGAAGUGACCAACGCAAACCUGGAUUACUUGCUCGCUAUAUGAAGGAGGUUCAUGCACCCAUCCUGGGUAUUUGGGGAGUUAAGUUGGUGGUUAUAUCUCUUUUUGCAGCUCUUGUGCUUGCUAGUAUUGCAUUAUCUACACGGAUUGAACCUGGUUUGGAACAACAAAUUGUUCUACCAAGAGACUCAUAUCUUCAGCACUAUUUUGAUGAUCUUUCGGAGUAUCUCAGAAUUGGCCCACCACUAUACUUUGUUGUAAAAAACUACAAUUAUAGUUCAGAAUCAAGCCAGACCAAUAGAUUGUGCUCCAUCAGCAACUGUGACUCCAACUCUCUUCUAAAUGAGAUAUCAAAAGCAUCAUUGGUUCCGGAUUCAAGUUACAUAGCAAAGCCUGCUUCUUCGUGGCUUGAUGACUUUCUUGUUUGGAUGUCUCCGGAAGCUUUUGGUUGCUGCCGGAAGUUCACAAACGGAAGUUAUUGUCCACCUGAUGAUCAGCCACCUUGCUGCUCAUCAGCUGAUGGCUCUUGUAGCACAAACGGGUUUUGCAAUGACUGUACCACGUGUUUCCGUCAUUCAGACUUGCAAAAGGAUCGUCCAUCUACUAAACAAUUUAAAGAGAAGCUUCCCUGGUUCCUCAAUGCUCUUCCUUCUGCCGACUGUGCAAAAGGUGGUCAUGGAGCCUACACUACCAGUGUGGAACUUAAAGAUUAUGAGGUCGGUGUGAUUCGAGCAUCAGCUUUUCGUACAUACCAUACCCCGCUGAACAAACAAAUUGACUAUGUCAACUCAUUGAGGGCUGCAAGAAAAUUUACAUCCAGGAUAUCUGACUCUUUGAAGAUUGAGCUAUUUCCAUAUUCCGUGUUCUAUAUGUUUUUUGAGCAAUACCUUGAUAUAUGGAAGACAGCCUUAAUAAAUCUGGCACUAGCUAUUGGUGCGGUAUUUAUAGUUUGCUUAGCUGUCACAUUUAGCUUUUGGACUUCAGCUAUUAUAAUACUUGUGUUGACGAUGAUUGUGGUGGAUCUCAUGGGCGUCAUGGCAAUUUUGAACAUCCAACUGAACGCAGUCUCUGUUGUUAAUCUUGUAAUGGCAGUGGGUAUUGCUGUUGAGUUCUGUGUGCAUAUUACACAUGCUUUCCUGGUGACCAGUGGAGAUAGGAAUCAACGUGCAGCCGCGGCUUUGGGUACAAUGGGAGCUUCUGUUUUCAGCGGCAUAACGCUGACCAAGUUGGUUGGGGUAAUUGUACUCUGUUUUUCAAGGACUGAAAUUUUUGUGGUCUAUUACUUCCAAAUGUACUUAGCCCUGGUUGUCCUCGGCUUCUUGCAUGGACUAAUCUUUUUGCCAGUAUUUUUGAGCAUGUUCGGCCCCCCUUCAAGAUGUGUGCUCAUUGAGAAACAAGACAAUAGGCUGUCAACUGAAUCACAACCAUAAUCUAAUCCCCUCAAGAUCAUAGGCUGUCAACUGAAUAAAAACUACAAUCUGGUUCGGGUGGUCUGGCUGACUUAAAUUAUACCACGGGGUUUACAUACGAAUUAUCUUAACUUUUUAUUUCCUCCCUCUGCCACUGCGGCUGCGCGUGUAUAGUAUAGGACACAAAUAUCAACUAUUUUACUUGUAAAUUAAGUCAUCUCAGGGAAAUAAUGGUCAAGUAAGAAAAGCUUUAUACCUUUUUCUUGCGUUA